AUGACCGCGUUCCUCAUACGGAAGGCCCCGACGGCCCCGGUGGAUGCACCCAGGAACAUCAUAGCUGUCACCCGGGAGGUCUCAAUCAAGGCAGCACUGUUGGCCCGAUCACGGAGUACCCCUGACUUCCGGGUAAACGGCUGCUCAGUUCGGGUGUAUGACGACUUACCCUUCAACUUCCUUCUAGAGAGGCAGAGACUCAUGCACGUAAUGAGGGAACUCCAAGAGAACGGGAUCCGAUAUAGAUGGGGAGCAUCGGGCACUCUCGUAGUACAACAGGGAGACACGAUCCUGACCCUAUCAGUGCAGGAGGACCCUGCUGGAUUCCUGACGGCAUUUUAA